CCUCCGCGGCGGCGGCGGGCGAGCGAUCCCGCGGGACCCCGCGCUCGCGAGCUCCGGCCGGACCAGGCUCGCGGUGCGCCUGCGCUCGGACGGGAGGCGCCGUCGCCCCUCGGCUCCUCGCUCGGCUUCUCCUCUCUCGCCGCUGCGGCUGCCGGGCCGGCGCCUGCGCAGGGGACUCCUCGCUGAGUGGCCGCGCUGUUGGGAGGGGCCCGAGUGGGCGCGGGAAGGAGCCAAGGUCGAGGACCACCUUGACCGCAUUGUCUCCAAGGGAAAAUGGUGGAAAAUUCACCGUCGCCGUUGCCAGAAAGAGCGAUUUAUGGCUUUGUUCUUUUCUUAAGCUCCCAAUUUGGCUUCAUCCUGUACCUCGUGUGGGCUUUUGUUCCCGAGUCUUGGCUGAACGCCUUAAGCUUGACCUAUUGGCCUCAAAAGUACUGGGCAGUUGCAUUGCCUGUCUACCUCCUCAUUACUAUAGUAAUCGGGUAUGUACUCUUAUUUGGAGUAAACAUGAUGAGCACCUCGCCACUCAACUCCAUUCAUACAGUCACAGAUAACUAUGCUAAAAAUCAGCAGCAGAAGAAAUACCAGGAAGAGGCCAUCCCAGCGUUAAGAGAUAUUCCUAUUAGCGAAGUAAAUCAGAUGUUCUUUCUGACUGCCAAAGAAUCUUACACCAAAAACUGAAUUGUGUAUACACUACCAUCAAACAUUUAUUACAAGUUUUGGCAUAAUAAUUUUGACCAUAAUUAUCUCUCUUAUUAAUACCCAGUAUUGAAAUAUUUUGAAAAAUGUAAGUUGAACUUAUCUUAGAUUAAGGUCCAUUAAUAUUGUAAAAGUUCUCAAAUAUUAGUUACUAAUGGACAGAAUAAAUAAAACAUUGAUCAUUACCAUAUAGCAGGCGUUUAAACAAAUAAGUAUCAGUAGAAGCAGGAAAUCCCUCCAGAGUCAUUCAUGUUGUCUCUUUCAGGGAGCAAUUGUGUCUUUCUCACUGUUUAUUCUAGAGGCCCAGAAUGCAGACUCCAGUUUGGGGGAAGGGUUCAUCUACUGUGUGUCCUUGCCAUCAGAUUCAUGUCUAAGAUGCAAAUAUUUAUUGAUUGAGUACUCACACAGACGAGGUAUUUCUCUGGGCAGUGGGAUGUUGCGAUGAGAUUCCCAACGAGCCUACAUUUUAGAGGCAGAUGGAAAUAGACCAAGCAAAUAAAGAAGGAAAUGAGUGCUGUGCAGAGAAUUAAGAUAGUACAGUUUCUAGAAAGUGGCUGCUUUAGAUCCAGUGGUCAAGUAGGCUGCUCAGUUAGAGGCAGUUGAGGCUGAGAUUUGAUUGGUGAAACCAAGAGCCAGGCAUAUAAAGAUUGGCGAGGCAGAGAGAGCUUUCAAGCAGCGAGAGCACUGACUUUCAGGUGGGAGGGAGCUGGUUUUCUGGGACCUCAGCACUUUGCAUAACUCCUCUCCAGAAUAAAAUAUCUGUCUCGGACUA